GCAGUCGCUGGGUGAUGACAUAAACUCUGGAAAAUGGAGAGAAAACACAUGUCAGCGUUUGCUUUGUAUCAAACUUUGUCUACAGACGCGCCUCCUCCCGACACGAAGUCUUCCUUGCAGGUGUCAGAUAAGAAGAAAAGAAAAAAGGAGAAUGGGGCCAAUAAGGUGAACACAGUUAAACCUCAAUUAAAGCCUGAGAGGAAGAAAAAUCGAAAGAAGCUGAAGUCUGCACUGAGAGAGGAGAGUCUGAAGGAGUUUACAGAAGGAGAGGAGUGUGUAAAUGGAGAUGGUGAGGCUUUGGAUACUUUGUUGUCCGCCCUGGCAAAAGUCAACAACAGCAGGGAGAGAGCAAGCAAGCUGUUCCAGUGGCUCAUCAACCCCAUUCCUGCCAAGACCUUCUUCAGGGAGACGUGGGAAAAGAAGCCCAUUCUUGUUCAGCGUAAGAAUCCAGAUUACUACAAGGGACUAUUUUCUACAGCAGAGUUUGAUCGCAUUUUAAGACAGGAGGAUGUUCAGUAUGGAGUCAACCUGGAUGUCACAAGCUACGCUAACGGCAAGCGGGAGACGCACAAUCCUCCAGGGAGAGCUCUGCCGUACACUGUGUGGGACUUCUAUGGGAGUGGCUGCUCCCUCCGCAUGCUGAAUCCCCAGGCGUUCUCCUCCACAGUGUGGAACGUGCUGUCCAUUCUCCAGGAGCAGUUUGGCAGCAUGGCAGGAGCCAACGUAUACCUGACACCACCUGGAACACAAGGCUUUGCUCCACAUUAUGAUGACAUUGAGGCAUUUGUGGUUCAGCUAGAGGGGAAGAAACACUGGAGAGUGUACAACCCAAGGACAGAAGAUGAGGUCUUGCCUGUGCUUUCAAGCGAAAAUUUCAAACAGACAGACAUCGGGAAGCCGAUCCUGGAGGUGGUGCUCGAAGCCGGGGAUCUCCUUUACUUCCCCCGAGGAUUCAUCCACCAGGGCGACUGCCUCCCAGAUGCUCACUCCCUUCACAUCACCGUCUCCUCUUACCAGAAGAACAGCUGGGGGGAUCUGCUGCAGAAGGUGGUUCCAGCUGCAUUGGAAAUAGCAAUGGAGGAGGAUGUGGAGUUCAGACAGGGCUUACCUUUAGAUUACCUGGCAUACAUGGGAGUACAGAACUCUGACAAGGAUGACCAACGCAGAACAAAAUUCUUCUCACAAGUUGAGAGUCUGAUGAAGAAGCUUACAAACUACGCCCCGAUCGAUGCUGCUGUGGAUCAGAAAGCCAGAGACUUCCUCCAUGACUGUCUUCCUCCGGUGCUCACACCAGAGGAAUUGGCCAGCAGUGUGCAAGGAGCUUCUGCAAGGUGGCAGAGUGGGCAAGUUACAGAUGUAGGUUCAGAAAUCUCGACUCAGACCCGAGUCAGAAUUCUCCGUGCUGGAUGUGCCAGGUUAUGCAGUGAUGGAGAAGCUGUUCAUCUUUACUACACAACAGACAACUCCAGAGUUUACCACAAAGAGGAGCUCAAGAGUUUUGAAAUAAAAGCAGAGCACACAGACGCCAUGGAGUUUCUGAUCCAUUCAUAUCCCAAAUUUGUGACAGUAGGAAGUUUCCCGUGUGAUUCUGCAGAGGAUAGGAUUGCUUUGGCCGAGCUGCUUUUUGAGAGGGGGAUUAUCCACACUGCAGAACCUCUGUAGUGGCCACAGAUUCACCAGUUAUGCUGACUGCAUGAGUGGAUUCAAAUUGCCUCUGUAAAAAAAAAAAACACUUCUUGCCCUGAAUUGACCUCAUCAUCUCUACUUAAAUGAUCAUGCUGAACAACCCAUUCUGCUCUCUGUUUAGCACCAAAUAAACCAUUUUUUUUAAAAAUGAAA